UAUAGUACGAUACCAAAUGAUAAUCCCUAAUCCACACUUUGCUUUUUGAAGUCAGAUCUCGACCACUCCGUCCCCGUCUUCUGUACCGAUCCUUUCUCUCUCUCUCUACAAUUAUUGAAGAUGGAAAAGGGGAAAGGAGUGCUGGGAAGUCGAAAAUGGGCCGUCGAAUUCACCGACAACUCAUCCACCCGCGACAUUCUCGACCCACCCGGCUUCACUCGCGCAUCUCCUGAUCAAGACGAUUCAUCUCUAACUCGCCAAAAGAAAGACGCAGAAGCAAACUGGAAGUCUCAGAAAGCAUGGGAAGUAGCCCAAGCCCCUUUCAAGAACCUCAUGAUGAUGGGGUUCAUGAUGUGGAUGGCCGGUAACACUGUCCAUUUGUUCAGCAUCGGCAUUACGUUUUCCGCUCUUUGGCAGCCCUUAAGUGCCCUUCAAGGUGUCGGUAAGGUUUUCGAGCCUUACAAGGAUAAUAAAGUGGACCUUCUUGCACCCAAGUUGCUAUAUAUUGCCUUAAAUUUGGGGGGUAUGUUGCUUGGUGUUUGGAAGUUGAAUUCGUUGGGUCUUCUUCCGACUCAUGCGUCUGAUUGGGUUUCGUCUUUAUCCCCUGCACACGAGGUCGAGUUUUCGGGUGGAGGCGCUGCCCUGUAUUGAAACCGUCGUCGAUUUUUAGUUUAUGACUUUUUGAGUUUUUAGGAUCUGGUCUAUGUAUCAGGUCUGAACUUUUUAAUUAGUGUGAUCUGAACUAUUUAGCAUUUUUAUUCUGCAAAUUGUAACAUUAUUUUGCAUUUGAUGAAACUAUGGCCGUAAGCGAACCAAACGAAAACCUU